AUGGUCCAUCUGACGUGCCAAUCACCAAUCACCAAUCACCUCUCUCAACUCCGAAACCUUGGCCAAGCAGGCAAAGUUUACCAUCCGAGAUCGCACCUGAUUGGCCUUGAUGAAUCUCGAACGGCAUCUCCCCCGGCCCUGGCACCGCACCAAGUGGUUCUGAGCGACAAGCGCGGCCGUUGCCGUCGCCGUCGUGGUUGUCAUCGUCGUCGUCCCUUUGGCCGUUCUCCUCCCACGCAGGAACCCGCGCUACCGUCCGGGCACCAACGUCAUCGUCCCUCUGUACAUCUACCCCCUUGUCGACUCGUCCUGGUCUCCGCUGUACGACGCGUGAGUGUGCAAAUCCCAGCAGCGUCCGCGGCUGGCAAUCAUGGUGACAGACAGAAUGGCAGCGUUCAUCGUCGACCCGACGUCAACUUCACCGUCAUUGUGAAUCCCAACAGCGGCCCGGGGGAGACGCCCUACCCGGACGCCCGGUACGACGCGGCCAUACGGCGGCUCAACUCGUACCCAAACGUAGAAACCGUGGGCUACGUUCGGACGGGCUAUGCCACGCGCAAGCUGGGCGACGUCACUCGCGACGUGAGCGUCUACUCGGGGUGGUCUAGCAACGCCAGCUCGCUCGCCAUGCACGGCAUCUUCUUUGACGAAUCUCCGCACCAGUACUCUGCCGACGCCGUCGACUUUAUGCGCGCCGCCGACAGCUUCGUCCGGCAGACGCCGGGACUGCAGGGCCGCAGGAUGGUCAUCCACAACCCUGGCGUCAUCCCAGACGCCCGCUUCAACAGCAGCGACGUGGGCGUGACCGUCGUCUUCGAGGAGACAUUUGCCAGGUGGCAGGACCAGAACACGCGCCUGGCCGCGCUGCCCAAGACCAGGGCCGCGUACAGCAUCAUGAUCAGUGCGGCGCCGGCAAUGACCAAUGGCACCAUGAGCGAGUUUGUCAGCACGCUGUCGGACUUGGCAAAGUACAUCUUCGUGACCAGCCUCGGCGAGGACAUGUACAAGUCGUUCGCCGGCGACUGGCUCGACUUUGUCGGCCAGGUGCCGCCCACCUGA